AUGCUUAACGACUGGUUCGAUCGAUGGGAGAGCGUGGACAUCGAUGCGCGCCUCAAGAUGCUGGCCGAUGGCCCCAUCACGCUCCCGCAGUGGUUCCUGACAAAGUUCCCGGACCCGUAUGCGUGGUACCAAAGCCGCCUCCAGUACACGCGCACACUGGCGUCAUCGUCCGUGCUUGGCGUGGUCAUGGGUCUCGGUGACCGCCAUGCCGGCAACUUUCUCCUCAACACGAUGAACGGUGGCGUUGUCUACAUCGAUUUCGGCAUUGUCUUCGACCACAACUUCGACGGCGCGACGGAGCACAUUGAGGCCGUGCCAAUUCGCCUCACGCGCAACCUCGUUGCCGCGCUUGGGCCGAGCGGCGCGGGCGGCUUCUUUGCCAUGGCGUGCGCCGAGACGCUCGAGCACCACGUGACGAUGCAGCGCCUUCUCGCGAGCGACCCGGUCGUCGCGCCACAGAGCGUGCCAUACACGGAGGCCCGCUUGAAUACCAUCAUGCCGCUUCGCAACGUGUCCAUCUCGAUGACGAUGAUCGACGACAUCAUCGCGGCGGCCACAGACCCGCAGUCCCUGGCGGUCAUGCCCUCGAACUGGGUUCCGUGGUUUUAG